UCCCGCACGACUCCACGCCCACCAUGGCCUCCAUCCAGCAGCUGGUAGGGAAAUGGCGCUUAGUGGAGAGCAAAGGCUUCAACGAGUACAUGGAGGAAUUAGGCAUGGGGAUGGCUCUGCGGAAAAUGGGCGCCAUGGCCAAGCCAGACUGUGUCAUCUCUUCCGACGGCCAACAUCUCACCGUUAAAACCGAGAGCACGUUGAAGACCACCCAGUUCUCAUGCAACCUGGGAGAGAAGUUUGAAGAGACUACAGCAGAUGGCAGGAAAACUCAGACCAUCUGCAACUUCGUCAACGGCUCGCUGGUCCAGCACCAGGAGUGGAACUGGAAGGAGAGCACCAUCACGCGGCGGCUGGAGGGUGGGAAGCUAGUGGUGGAAUGUGUCAUGAACAAUGUCAACUGCACUCGGGUCUAUGAGAAAGUGGAAUAAAAAUCCCGUCAUCCUUCCAGACGGGAAUUAAA